GAAAAGGACUUAGACUGGAGGAUAUUUGUUAUCUGGGGAUAUGAUGCGGUGGCGGCGGCGCCUCAAGAUAAGGGGCUGGGGUUUCUGGGUGGGGGGCCGACAGAGUGGUGCCAGUAACAGCCCCAGAUAGAGGAGUACGCAGGCCCAGCAUGAGGCAACCUUGACCCAGAAGGUGGCCCAGCUACCCUUGAUGAAGGUCUUUUCCAGUUCUGCUCCCUCAUAGCUGUGUAACCAAAGGCUCUGGUUAGAGAAUAUGAAGGGCCUUAGCUUUUAGACCUGUUCUACCUCCUCACUAAAUACAAUGGCAGACCCAUGUGUGUCUGGAAUGGCCUUGAAUUGCUCUUUCCUUAAAAUAGCUAGCUCUUCAGGAGAGUAUCUAAGGCCCACCUCCAUCUUACCUGAACCAGUUGGUAAGGGUAACCAUGACAUAGAGUGAGGCAAGGAAGAAGACGAAGUGGAAGGCAGAAUAGUUGUAGGAAAGAUGCUGGACUUGGACUGGAGGAGCUGGAGGGGUCUCUUGGUCAGCUGGCCUAGCAGCCCCACCCCGUUGCCCUGGAGAGAUGAAAUGGCUGCUGGGAGCAGUGCUGCUGAAACACCUCUUCCCCUCUCCCCCAACUACCUUUGUUAAGGCUCUUGAGGGUUCUUAUGGCACUCCACAGAGAUCUACCACUUCUUAUGGUUCCUCACUUGGCACUCACCUUCGUCUGCCUCCACUGUUGCAGGGCAGCAGAAACACAGUGAGGGCUUCUGCAAAACAACACAGGUUUUGGAAUGGUCUUAAAAGAUGUGAGGGUGUUAAUCUAGGAAACUUACCCUGUGAAAAGAUUGGUCUAGUAUUAAAAAGUGGAGGCACACCUGGGUUCAAAUUCUAGCUCCAGCAUAUAACUGGCUGUGCGGACUUUGGUAAGAUGUUUAAUCUUUUGUGCCUCGAUUUCUCCAUUUGUAAAAUGGAGCAAAUACCUACCUCACAGGGUUGUUGUGAGGGUUAAAUUAAAUGAGAUUAUGUAAAAGUAUCUAGCACAGUUGCCUAGCACAUUGUGGGUACUCAAUAAAAGGCAAUAGCAGCUAUAAUCUGAGCAUUCUGGGUACAGGUUGGUAGGAUGUGUGUGUGUCUUUGUGUGGGGGAGGGAGGGUGUUGGGGAUUAUUGAGCUCUUUAUCCUCACCUGAAACUCAUAGCUGUAAACCUUGACAAUCCACAAGGGUCCAAAUACCUCAGCCAGGUAGGAGGCCUCAUUGCUGAGAAAGAAUAGAGUUCUUAAGCUGGUUUAGUUAAAUAGGGAUUAUCUGGGGGCAUUUGCUACCAAUUGGUCCAUAUUGGUAAUCCUCAAAAGGGUACCACACUCCCUGUGCCCUUUUCCACCAAAGAUUUAGAAUUCUAUUCAUGUGAGAGCCCUAAGAUCUUUGGACAUAUUUUAAAUUCUCAAAUCAUUCCCCCCACCCCCUUCAUCUCAUACAGAUCAUCUGACAAAGUACUAUUCUUAGAAUUCUUCCCUAUUUGUGGGGAGCUUUUCUCACUCUAGUCUUGCUCUAAACUUUAAAUAAACUAUGGUCCCAGACAUUGUCCUGACCAUCCUUCCCUGUCUUGGGCACCCUCCUUUCAUACCUCCACCCUUGACACCUUUACGCACCAAGCAAAAAGCACACAAGCAUACAUGAUGCUAGCACUCAGCAUUGCUAGAGAGAGAUCUGGUGUUUGGGGUUCCAUUUUACUCAGGCCAGGCAGGCACAGGGUGUGAUUCUGUCCUUGAAGGAUUACUGGGAAGGGACAACAGAAGAGACGGGUAUUAACAAUUAGCUAGGUAUUUGAUGGGCAAAAAAAGGUCUUAGCAUGGAGAAUCCAGGUCCUGUCCCUUACCUCUCUCUGGAGGACGGCUGGACAGCGCAGAGAAAGUCAGAUACAUGAUAUAGCAGCUGAUGACAGAAGCUUGUAGAAGGCCAGAGCGGGGUUGCUCUGGGGAGUGAGUAUCAUUGCUUUAGUCUACAGGCUGGUAAUUUCCUCCAUUUCUACCCCCACUUGUACUUCUGUCUCCCCAUCCUUUGGUGGGGGUAGGGAAGCAGAGAUUUUUUAAUCAAAUAAUUGAGAUUAGGGAGGUAAUGAAACUUGCUAUGCUUUUAAGGCCCCCAAAACCUGGAACGUUGUAGGGCAUGUACCCACUGAGGCGGAUGCAAGGAGCGAUGGAGAGGAAGGAGAUGAGGCCACAGAAGCAAAGGUGCAGACUGAGGAGCAUCUUGUUAAGCAGGCAGCCAGCUGGGUGUGUAUAGUAGCGGAAUAGGAGCACAGCUCCCACACCUGCCAUGCUGUAGAAUCCUAGGGUGGCCAGCAGGACAGCCAGGAACCAGCUGCAGUCUUGAGCUGCACCUGUCUGCCUAAGGGUGGAAAGUGGGCAGUGGCUUGGAGCUCCAGCAUUUUUUUUUUUUUUUGAGAUGGGAGUCUUGCUCUGUCACCCAGGCUGGAGUGCAAUGGUGUGGUCUCAGCUCACUGCAACCUCCGCCUCCUGGGUUCAAGUGAUUCUCCUACCUCAGCCUCCUGAGUAGCUUGGAUUACAGGCACCUAUCACCAUGUCCAGCUAACUUAUAUAUUUUUACUAGAGAUGGGUUUCACCAUGUUGGCCAGGCUGGUCUCAAACUCCUGACCUCAUGAUCCACCCACCUCAGCCUCCCAAAGUGCUGGGAUUACAGGCAUGAGCCACUGUGCCCAGCUGGAGCUCCAACUCUUUUACCCAUUACCAACUACUCCCCUGCUUUCAGAAGACUGGUGUGACUAUCCAUCCUACUUGGCCCAAGCAGUCAUCACAUUCGUAAGCUUUUUUGAUACUGCUCAGUUGGAAGCUGUGGGACCAGUGCUCUGCCGUGCCUUUUGCCCAGCCCUUUCCAUGUAGGAAACCUCCCCAGGAAAAGCCUUUAGGGUUAUGUGCCCCUUACCAGUUCUUGUUCCAGGAAUGGGCAAAAGCUGUAAUAAGCACCAACUGCAGUAGGAUGAAUGCAAAGCCUCCACAGAUGCCAAUGUAAUGCCAUGCUGCAAGAUGGGCACCAGUGGAAAAAUGUGGUCAAAUUGUUACUUUUUUUUUUUUUUUUUUUGUGACGGAGUCUUGCUCUGUCACCCAGGCUAGAGUGCAGUGGUGUGAUCUCAGCUCACUGCAACCUCUGCCUCCUGGGUUCAAGUGAUUCUCCUGCCUCCACCUCCCAAGUAGCUGGGAUUACAGGCGCGUACCACCACGCCCGGCUAAUAUUUUGUAUUUUUAGUAGAGAUGGGGUUUCACUAUGUUAGCCAGGAUUGUCUUGAUCUCCUGACCUCAUGAUCCGCCCGCCUCAGCCUCCCAAAGUGCUGGGAUUACAGGCGUGAGCCACCGCACCCGGCCGUUACUCCUCUUCUUACCCACUUGUUAUCUUAGAAAACUUAGCCUACUCCUGCCAAGAGUGUGGGAGGGAGAGUACCUGGGAAGAGAUGCUCAUCAGGAAUGCAGAAGGCAAGAGCAUAGAGACCUAACAGGAACAGCAGCUUGAGGAGCCAGAAGCUGGUUAGGAGGGAGAAAGAAAAACAGACUCAGGAGAAAAAAGGACAGUGAAGAGUGCCUAUGGGGAAAGCCAAAAGAGAAACCAAAAAUAUAGGAAAGAGGACAGACAAGACAACUAAGGAGGAACCAAUCCCAAAUGAGAGAGGGUUGGGACAGGCCUACUGCACCUUAUUCCAAAUUCUAACUCAAAGAUACUUAAAUAAUAGCAUCUGGGCAAUGUUUUACAGUUUAUAAAGGAUUAUGUUACCAAGAUAACCCCACUGUUAUCUCCAUUGUAGAUGCUAGAAGCACAAAGAGGAUAAGUGUCUGGCUCAAGGUUACACAGCAAGUACAUGAGAAGCAGGGACUUAAACCUGUUUUCUGUCUUUUUACAGUGCUAUUACUUCAUCCCGGAAUUUCCUUUACCCAGCUUGUGUCUACUUUCCCUCCUCUGUUCCUUCCCCACCCAGAAAGUACACACAAACCUAUUAUGCAGCUGUGCCCGUGGGCUGGUGGGGGAGUGGAGGUGGACCAGCAACACAGCCUGCAGCAGGUGGAAGGUGGCGGUUCCUGCACAUACUCGGUACACAGCCCCAGAGCCACUGAGCACUGGACAGUCAGAGAGGCCAAACAGGUGGGCACACAAUCCCGAGGGCAUCUGGAUCUGGGAGUGUAUGUGUGAGAAAUGGCAGGACAAGUCAUAAUGCAUGGAAAGGUACCUACUUGUCAUGGGUAUGACCACUCAUUUGUCUCCUGCCCCCAACCGAAAUCUCUUUUCUAUCUUAGGGUUUUUCCUUUUAUUUUUUCCCACCUGACAACCUGACCCCCUCUCACUUACCCUGUGUGUCUUGCCCCACACCCUUUCCACUACUGUCCUUGACAGCAGGAGGCAGCAGAUUGCUGAGGCCCCCACAUGGAGGAGGAUGUAGAACAGGCGGCUGCAAGUGGAUGCGGUGAGAGAGGGCCACCUAGAGUGGCAGCAGCUGGCACAAGGAGCAGGCCCACAGCAGCACACCUGGGAGUAGAGCAGAUGCAAGGCAGCGAGGUGGAGACUUGCUGAGGAAAGGCAUACCUUAAUGUAUGUGUGAGGUUAACCCAGGAGGUUGAAUUCCAAAAUUUCCCCUUCCCCUUUCUUCCUUUUACUCAGGUUCUGUUUCAAGCUGAUUCCAGCCAUUUGGGAUUGCCUUCCACUGACAACUUAGUAGGGCUUUCAUUAUAAGCAAGCUUGAGAUAUCUGACCUUUCUCUAGACCUAAACACCUGGGGCUGGAAACAUGGCGGGAGAGAUUUACAGAUUACCGGGGGCAACGAACCAUAACGACAUUAGAGGAGAAAAGAGGCCUGUCGUUUUUAUUGGCUUCUGCACGUCUUCCUCCCCAGCUUCAGCCACUCUCCCCAUCGCACCCUCUCACCUGACGGAAGGGACUUUUCACUAGGACACUGCUGCCUCCGCUGUGCUGUUGUGCCAGGCCCAGGGAGGUGCCGGGGCUGGGGCCGGCCUUGGCACCCACCAUCCUUGUCCCAGGGAUUAGGGUUAGGUCCACCAGAUGGAAGGCAGAUGAGAGCAGCAGUUGCUUCUGUCCUCAGCCCAUUGGACUGCCACUGUAUUGGGGCUGAGCACCCUGUCCCGGGCAGAAUGGGGACGUCCGGAAGAGAACACUGACCUCCAGGUUGUGGUAAAUGCAAAUGCCCUGUGAAGGAGGUUUGUCUUCAGGGCCUCAACACUGCGGCCACUCAGGCUGUUCUCUCCAGAUUAGGGGGCAGUUUGUCUAUCUGGCCCCCUGUGGAUUAGCAUUCUUUAUUGGUUUAGGAUUAGACGUCAUUCAGGUUGAACGGAGUUCCCUGAGGUGGGUGCGUGUCUAUGUGUUGAGGGGACUAUUCCUAGUUUAUGAGGUGGUAAAUAAAGGAUGUCGGUGGGGUGGGCUGGAGCGGUGACGGGUUAGGUCUGAGAGAAGGCUUCGCACAAAACACUGUACAAACCCGAAAGGAAGUCUGAGACACGAACCGCCUUCCUCGCUGAAGCUUCUAGAACUGGAGCAGAAAGAGGGUGUGGCCCAGGGCCAGCCCCGCCUCCUCCCCGGGCGGAAGCUGUGUGUCAGUUGCCGGAAGUCGGCGUGAGGUGGGGCUUAUGCGGCGGCGUGGUGAAACAGAUAUGGCGACUGAGGGGGAUGUGGAGCUAGAGUUAGAGACUGAGACCAGUGGACCAGAGCGACCUCCCGAGAAGCCACGGAAACAUGACAGCGGUGCGGCGGACUUGGAGCGGGUCACCGACUAUGCAGAGGAGAAGGAGAUCCAGAGUUCCAAUCUGGAGACGGCCAUGUCUGUGAUUGGAGACAGAAGGUCCCGGGAGCAGAAAGCCAAACAGGAGCGGGAGAAAGAACUGGCAAAAGUCACUAUCAAGAAGGAAGAUCUGGAGCUGAUAAUGACCGAGAUGGAGAUAUCUCGAGCAGCAGCAGAACGCAGUUUGCGGGAACACAUGGGCAACGUGGUAGAGGCGCUUAUUGCCCUAACCAACUGAUGCGUGCUUUCUCAAAUAUACCUACUGGAUUAAUUUAUGGCAAUAAAAUUUUUUUUUGUCUUUUUCA